UUGACUUGAUGCAUCCGGGGUAGUGCGCAGGUGGGUAGCGAAUUGGAGAAUUGGACAGAGGGGACACAUGGGAACAAGAGUGAAGAGUCGAGAGAUCGAUGGUCCGUUUUUAUAUCCGGAGUCAAUGUCUGUUGUCGAUGUAGGAUUGAGGUUGAUUAGGGCGGUUAAUUGAAAACUCGCUCUUCCAUUGAUUCAGAAGGCAACAGAUUGUUAAAAUAUUAUACUUCAUUUACAUGUCGAGGAAAAAUCUGUAUGUCAUCUGGCUUGGUACGACUAUCCGUUGAUGAGAGUUGCUUUUCCCGAUCUAUAGGUAGAAGACAUUCUGCGUAGAGGCAAUCUGAAGCAUGAACUUAGCAGCCGUAAAUCGUUUUUAUUUACUCCGUAGUUGAAUAAACAAACUUCAAUAUCCUCACCAAAGGGAUCUUCUUCAGUCUUGAUCAGUUUGUCCGGGGUUCUGUGUUUCUCAGUUAAUUUUCUUUUUUUCUUUGUUUUCUUUGUUUUCUUUUUUUUUUUUUUCAUCCCCGGCUUUCGCAGUAUCUUCUCCCCAAAAGUCUACUGUAAGUUAAUGCUUCUUCAAAGAUGAUAUUGUUUAGAGCGCUCAUCCUCCCUUACGGCUCCUGCUGUCUGCGUCUGACUCCUAGGCUGCUGAUGUGAAAUCUUUGUUCAAAGGCAUGAAGAAAGACUCCUUCGCGCCGUGCAUGAAUGGCCCUCAACUAACAAUUGCAAAGUCUCCGUACACGCCCUGGGUUUCCACCCUUGCUGUCGCCCAAGUUCUGGUCUGGCUCUGGAAGUUGCGAUAUUCAAGAAUCUCAACAUCUACUUAAGACCAGAACCCUCCUCCUCGGAAAUUCGGUCUGGUGAAGCUCACGGGCGCUAAAGAAUUCUUCCUCCCUGGCAUUUUGCCUGUCCAUGCCUGGGAGAUCACUCAUCGCGCGGGCGCUUAUGUGGACAGAGCUCUGAACGAAUUGAAUACGCCAGUCACGCUAGGAUCGCUAUGCAGCAGCUUUUGGUUCUUCACUUUCAGCCAUUCAAACUCGGCCAGUCAGAGCGCAGUGCACGUUUUUUCAAGGCACCAGAUCUGCUUGCCAUUCGUUGACGGUGUGAUACGAUAUGCUGCUAGGGCUUACCUAGCCUCACCUACAAUCCCCGUCGCAAGCAAAAAUCUGGGCAUGUCCUUCCCCGCCCAGUGACAAGCUGCAUUGUUGCAUUCUGGCACUUUUGCCAAUCAUGCAUCCUUCUUUGGGCUCUAUUCUGGGCGGGCUGCACAAUGGCUCCGGGCCCAUUUUUCACCUUGAUUGGUUCAUAUCAAUGGAGGAGGGACAGAGACUGGACAGGGCCAUUUCUGUAGGCCCAUGGGCCGUCUCCCCUUUUGCCGUUUCUUUUCUUCUUUGUGCUUUGCGUUCAUUUAUUUAUUGUUGUUGUCGAACGGUGAUUUUCGAGCCCAUCAGAUGCCCUGCCAAGGGUGUACUGCACUGCGAACCGACAACCCUGUCUUCUCUCGUUUUUCCCCUCUUAAGGACUGUACAACCUACCAAGACAUUUGGGCCGAAUGCCUACUUCUCUCAGCUGCUACCCCCUUUUAACUACCUCAUCGCUCUCCGUUAAGUCUCUGGCACUGCGGUUGACUGUCCCUGUUUCUUUACACUAUCCAGGCAGACUAAACCGAACCGCAAUAUCGAUAUCGACAGACCGGGUAGUGUGUGUGUGUGUGUGUGUGAAACGGAAUCAGCCUACGAACUCCAUCUUUGAUUAAACCGAACCCGUUCGAGAUCGAGUCGCGAGGGUUCGCCCUUAGCCAACGCGACAUAUAUUUGAUAUUUCACAUAUCAUCCUGCCGUUCUCUGCACAUACAUCCACACAUCAUGCGCCAAAAUCCUUCGCUAGAGGCUUGGUGGGCAAUCCUUCUUGUCGCCCUCUUCGCCUCGUCCGUUACAGCUCACACUAUUAUCGUCUACCCCGGAUGGAGAGGAAAUAACCUUCAUACCACCGGAAAUUUCACGGAGACAAAUGGUUUGGGCAUCGGAAGGGGGGCGAAUGAUUCAGAACUGCUAUAUCCAGCGGGAAUGCAAUGGGCUUAUCCAUGUGGUGGAAUGCCAACCUCCCAGAAUCGAACAAAAUGGCCAAUUAAAGGAGGCGCCGUUUCCUUCCAGCCUGGCUGGUUUCCUGGCCAUAAAACAGCAUUUAUCUACCUAAAUAUGGGCUAUGGGACCAUUCCUCCCAACAUGAGUCAUCCAAUGAUCGCCCCGUUCCAGUUAGUCGCGCCUACGAACCAGGAAUACCCAGGCACCUUUUGCCUUCCGCAAGUUCCGCUGCCGCGGAAUGCAGACCUGAAAGUCGGAGAUGAUGCAACGAUACAAAUCGUCGAAACUGCUCAACACGGCGCUGCGCUUUAUAAUUGCGUCGAUAUCACCUUGGCAGAACCCGAAGACGUCCCCGAGGUGACCAAGGAUAAUUGCUUCAACUCCACGCACUUAUCAGCCAGAUACAUAUUCGCCAUGGAUAUCGAGAGUAGGGCUCCCUCUACCACCACCUCAUCAUCACUAAUGAGCUAUGCUCUUGUGCCAUUGCUGCUGGUCGGCUCCUUUGGACUCUUGUUUUAAGCCUAAAAAAUGGAUAGGAAUGGGGAGAGGGUGGGGAGAGAGAAUGAAAAUUAAAAAUUAAAACUUUCAAAACCAAACUAACGUAAACCCUGACAAUUCUAUUUAAUUGGAAUCCGCCGCAUUUUUUCCAUUUCUUGCGUUUCAAGACUCUUUUGUUCUCCCGUUUGUCCCUUCUAUACUCCCUCCGCAAAGCGUUUUUCUUCCUUUUUUGCUUUUUUAAAUUGGCGUUAGGUUGAACUAGGGGCCACAUUUUAUAUUAUCAUUUUCUUCCCUAUUUGUAUUGGGACCCCCGAAUCCAUUCUACCUUCAUAUGGUUAGGGUGAAUUUGAGGCUGUAUACCAAUUUUCUUUUCUUACACUCAAGGUCAUCCGAACCCUUUGCUCUUAGUUGCUAUUUCUCGUCUCGGUUAUUUUUCCGAAGGUUAUAUAAAUAUAUAUAUAUAUAUAUAUAUAUAUAUAUUCCCCCUCUUCUUCUCCCUUGAGAGUAAUUUCUUUCUUCGUUUUGCCACUUGGGGGAACGCAAUUUGUAGUGAUUGGGGGACGUUUUCACUCGAGCGAGCUGCUAUAUUUAUUUCCCCGUACCCAACCAACAACGUGCUGUAAUUUAUUAAAAUAAAAUAAAAUAAAAAUAAAAAUAUAUGGCAUGUAUCCCUCUUCCCAGAAAUUUACAAAUACGCGACGCCAUUUGUGAUGAUUACCAUUUAGUUUCCCGCUUCUACUAGAUUUUCUUUC